UCCUUAUGCCCCAAAAUGAUGUCUAAAGCUAGGAAUAAUGUGGAGGAGCAAGCUGCUAUUCAUAUUCUGAGCGCAGACCAACCUGUCUUUUGCUUAGACAAGGGCAAAGCAGUGGCAUCUAUAGUGCUAGAUACUGAAACGGUGGAGACUAAUAAAAAGAGAGUUGCAGACAACCAUUUGGUGCCUGGUAACGAGAUUGAAGGGUAUCCUCAGGACACGGGGAGGAUUACAUCUAAGAACAAAUUUGCGGACCUGAGUCUAGAGGCAGGUGAAAUCAUCAUGGACUUGGCCGUUGAAUCUCAACCUAGUACCUCAAUCUGCAAUGAGGUGACUAAG